AUGCCCCCACCUACACACGCCAGCGGCGCAACAACCGCCGCGGUCUCCGUUACAACGACGCGCCUUUUAAUCACCUAUCACCCGCACGACCUCCCGCCCGGCGGCGAUCCGCUCGUAGUGAGCAGCCCAGCGCCUCUCUAUAAGUACCUUCGAUACGAGCCAGCGGGGCUCUCUUUCCACGAAGCUGCGAAACGACUGGCAGGAUUCCACGCGCCAGGGGAGGAAAAUGCGGAGGAAGAGGACGAGGGGAAGGGCGAGAAGGUGAAAGACUCGGUCGAUUCGUCGGCGUGGGAAAGUUCGCGGAAGAAGAAGAAGGGGAAGGAUGGGAAGGAUGCGGAGAAGCAGGAGCAGGAUCACUACGCGUUGCUGGGCAUGGCGCACCUGCGGCACCUCGCGACGGAGGAUCAGCUCAAAAAGGCGUACCGAGAUGCGGCUCUGCGCUUCCACCCGGACAAACAGGCCGCAAUGCUGCUGGAGGAGCAAACAGACGAGGCGAGAGCAGCCAAGAAAGAAGAAAUCGAGACCAAGUUCAAGGCCAUCCAGCUGGCCUACGAGGUCCUAUCAGACCCGGCCAAGCGCCGAGUGUACGAUUCUACAGACGAAUUUGAUGAUGAUAUUCCGGGUGAUUGCUCCCCUGAGAAUUUCUUCAAGAUUUUUGGGCCGGCUUUCCAGCGGAAUGCCAAGUGGUCGGUGAUUAGCCCGACCGAGGUUCCGGGUUUAGGGGACGAGAACACGCCGAUUGCGGAGGUGGAUAGGUUUUAUGAUUUCUGGUGGGCGUUUAAGAGCUGGCGGGAGUUUCCUAACGAGGAUGAUUAUGACGUGGAGAGUGCUGAGAAUAGAGAGCAUAGAAGCCCAGCGUUCGAAUACCAGCAGAUCCCCGCGGUUCUUUCAGAAGCUGCUGCAGCGGCGGCGGCGGCAGCAGCAGCGGAGCGAGAGGCGGAGGCGGAGAGGGAGAGAGAGGCGCGGCGGGCGGCAGGGGGGAGUGGGAAGCCGUGGACGCGGGAGGAGAUAGAGCUGCUGAGGAAAGCGGUGACGAAGUUUCCCAAGGGGACGGGGCAGCGGUGGGAGGUGAUAGGGGCGUAUCUGGGCACGGGGCGGUCGGCAGAGGAGGUGGUGCGGGCCACCAAGACGGUGCUGCUGCAGAAACCAGACGACAGCAAGGCGUUCGACAGCUUCUUGCAGGAGGCGGGGUCAACAGGUGCCGGAAAUGGUGUGGCUGCUGGGGCAGGCGCAGCAGGUGCAGCAGGGGCAGGGGCGUGUGGGGCAGAGGGGGCAGUGGAUGUGUGGAGUGAGGCACAGGAGGUGGCGCUGGUGAAGGCACUUAAAGCCUUCCCCAAGGACACGGACAAACGGUGGGACCGCAUAGCAGCAGCAGUGCCGGGCAAGAGCAAGGCGCAGUGCUUCAAGAAAUUUAGCGAGCUCCGGCAGAGCUUCCGAACCAAGAAGAGUGGCGCGGCGGAGUAG